AUGUCGACUUCGUCAGAGCCAGAUUUGCGAAAUAAUUCUGGCGCAACACAUGAGGAAAACGCCCACCAGGGUGCGCAAGGAGUGUUCUCACCAUCUGCUGCCUUAGAUCCCUCGCUACCAGAUAGCGGUUCGGACAAGCUAGUCUCUUCGGAGACUGCAACAGCACAAAAAGCGCAUCGCGCAAGAAGGGCUUGUGAUGAAUGUCGGGGGCGGAAAAUUCGAUGCGAUGGGCGACACCCUUGCCUGCACUGUAGUGCACUGAAUCUUGAUUGCAGCUAUGAUCAACCGGAUAAACGAUCUACGCGACUUUCACGGCGAGAGGUAGAAGAUCUUGCGUCUAAGCUACAGCGAGCUCGGAACCUCCUGUGGGUUCUUGCUCCGAAUAUUGAUUUAGAUGACCCUCAUCUAGAUGCAACUGUGCUGAGCAAGUUACAAUUUCCAAUCUCUAAUAUGAGGUCUCCGGCAGCUACUGGUACCAAGCAAUCAGAAUCUCCUCAUCAAACCCCGCACGGUCCUGCGAGCCCUGAGCAAGAUGCAAACUUGGCAACUGUACUUGAGGAAACUGGGCGACUGGAUCUUGAUGAUAUGGGCAAUUGGGGCUACCAAAGCCACGGAUCAUCAUCUGCAUUCGUGCGACGAUUGGGCGAACGUUUUAGUAACAUGUCUGAUUUAAGUAUCGAAGAUAAAACGACAAAUCUCCGAUUGCAAGACACAACAAAUCGUCUGAUGAAUCAUGCAUUUGAAGAUUCUUCACGUGAAUUCAUUUCACUGCCCCCACGAGAGGUUGCCAUCGAAUUGGCCACUAGUGCCUUGAAUGAAGCCUGUGCUCUCUUCAACUUCGUGCAUAAGCCAAGCUUCUUUUCUAUGUUAGAAGAGAUUUACCUCCUAAAUCCUGCACAAUACACCGACAAGGAGCAUAAAUUUCUGCCACUUUUGUAUGCAGUUCUGGCUUUGGGCUACCUUUUCUCGCGCAAUGAGCGGGUUCACUUUGGCUAUACACAUGCCAUAUCUGAAGGGAUGAGAUACUUUACUGCGACCCGCCAAAUGAUUGAUAUCGCGCAGUGUCAAAAUAUUCUUGCUCUGCAAACAGUGGUAUUCAUGACCUUAUUUCUUCACUCGUCGGCGUCUAUGCCUACUUGCCAUUCAUACAUCAGUGCAGCAAUGGCUGCUUCUCUCCAAAUGGGUUUGCACCAUUCUCAGCCUGCAGAAAUGGAUUCUGUUGAGAGGGAGAUUCGAAAGAGAUUAUUCUGGACGAUCCGUACCUUGGAGACGUACAUCAUUGCAAUUCUUGGCCUUCCAAGGACCAUCUCGGACGAUGAUAUUGAUCAAGAUAUGCCGCUUGAGAUUGACGACGAGUAUAUCACGAAAGAAGGAAUUUUCCCGAUGCCAGAAGGGCGGAUAUCGCUAAUAACGGCAUCGAAUGCGCACAUUCGACUGGCCCGCAUUUUAAGCAAAGUCUCUACACACGUUUAUCCGGCCAAACGAAUGCAGAGGGAGGUGUCCCAAAAAACUAGGGCAUAUAUCGUCAAUAAUGCAAAAGUUCGUGAAGUCGAGAACGAUUUGCGAAACUGGAUGACGAAUCUUCCAGCCCAUCUUCGACCAGGUCUGGAUGGAUCGAAAGAUUUAACAAGACCGUUCCUCCACUACAUCUCCCAAUCUCGUAAUGAUAACCUCACCAGCAAUCAGUGCUACGCAUACGCAGCCACAUGUGUUGAUGUCGGCCGAAAUGCGAUAUACAACGCCAGAAAGAUGGAAAAGCAAGAUAUGCUUACUGGUCCAUAUUGGUUUUCGAUUUAUACGACAUUCUGCGCAACGCUCGCUUUAACGUUUCAUGUCUGGGAGAACGCGGAAGUUGAAAACGCCUUGGAGACAAUCAAAGAUGCCGAGUAUGGUCGGCAUGUGCUUACGAGGCUGGCUUAUCAGAGCAAAGCUGCAGAAAGCCUUUCGGAGACGCUAGGUAUCAUUUUCACACGGCUACCUGGGAGACUUGGGAAUGACAAGCAGCACGCAAGAUCGAAAUUGAACCCGCAAAGGAAACGACCGCAAUCUCCAGCUCGGCCGAAUAUCAUGGAGUCGCAGCAUCAGAACAUCCCCGUACAACAAGAUCAUUCGGCCAUAGAUAGCCACUAUCCUAGACAGCGAGACAUCACCAGGCAUGAUCCCCCCGACAUAACCUUCGAGAAUCCGAACUCCUACCUCGACUCAACUCAUUGGAUGUCAAGCCAAACUUUGAAUACGUCGAGCCCAUUAACCACGCGCUUUCUGGGUCCGGACUCGAUAGAAGAUAUUUUUGGUCCCGCUGAUCUAGCACUAGGAAAUAAUUGGCCAGAAGCUUCACACCCGAUUACAGAUUUACAUUUGAACUUAGGACUUGGCAGCCCCACUCUUGCAUGCUGGACUUAUAAUCUGCCCGCCUUCUCUCCGGACGGUAGCAAGAUCCUGUUCACACGCCGCACCAACUUGGCCAAUAUCGGAGAUAGCUACGACAUCUUCACCAUGAACUCAGACGGCAUAGGUCUAAAUCAGGUUACCGAGUCCGUGACCAGUGAUGCCCAUGCCAUCUGGACUCAUGACGGUCGCAUCGCCUACAGUACAGCUAUGUACGGUUUCCAGCAGGAAGCACCUCUCUACGAUGACUCGAUGCUACCAUAUGCUAUUAUCAUGCUCAUGGAUGCCGAUGGUAGCAAUAAGGCGCCGUUGACGAAUAGAAGCAGCAACCACCAUGAUACGCCGUGCUGCGCCAAAGAUAACAAAGACAGCAGGCAAACCGACAACAACAACAACAACAACAACAACAUCAACAACAACAACAUACCAUACGAUACGCACCAAAACGUAACAACAAGAGGCCACAACAACGCCAGCAGAGCGCUCCAGAGCCACCAGUUGACCUUACCGCGGAGCCCCAUCCCGGAACCCGCUACAGAGCCCGCUCAGGAAACGGCUCCAACAACCGCUCCGCAGUCGACUCCCCAGAAAAUCACGGAGUCCGUAGAUGAGCCCAUUGCGCAACGUGGAAUUGAGCCUCCCGCUCUAUAG